UGGCUUCCUCCAGCGCCUCCAACCCUACCCUCUCCGGCCAAGUCACCGAGCGCCUCACCCGCACCAACUACAUCCUGUGGCGUACCCAAAUCACGCCACAACUCCGCGGUGCUGGUUUCUUCGGGUACGUGGACGGGAGCAUGCCGGAGCCAGCCAAGGUCGUGUCUCCAAGGACAAGGAUGGCAAGAAGGAGACCAUCCCGAAUUCUCUACAUCAACUUUGGAUCAGGGAAGACCAGCAGGUACUGGGUUAUCUUCUGAAUAAUCUGUCCAAAGAAGUGCUCGUACAGGUGACCGCGAUCACCCACGCACACGAGCUCUGGACGGCGUUGGCAAGGAUGUUCUCGUCAACCUCGCUGUCCCGCAUCAACAACAUCCGCGCUGCCCUCACGAACCCGCAGAAGGGAACACAAUUGGUGGCCAUGUUCUUUGCGCACAUGCGCUCCCUCGCCGACGAGCUUGCAGCGGCAGGGCGGCCACUUGAGGAUGACGAGCUGAUCUCCUACAUCCUCAACGGCCUCGACAUGGACUACCAACCGUUGGUCUCUGCCCUUGACGCCCGCACCAUCCCGGUCACUCUUGAUGAAUUGUUUGCUCAGAUGAGUAACUUUGAUCAAAGGGUGGCUUUGUUCCAAGGGGCAGGGACCGGCGGCGGCUUCAAGUCUUCGGCGAACAUCGCCACACGCGGCCGCGGCGGUGGCGGCUCAGUUACCGUGGACCUCCUCGCAACAAGGGCAAGGGCCAUGGUGGGGGCAACAGCAGCGGCCAGAAAGGCAACCCGCGCGGCGGCGGCCGACCCUCCUCCACCAACAAUAGGGGUCGGCGCACCAGCUCCUCCAACAGCAAUAAAUCACGCCCGGACGCUGUUAGGUGCCAAAUCUGUGGCAAGCUGGGACACUCAGCAAAAGAUUGCUGGUACCAAUUUGAGGAUGAUUAUGAUGCAUCGUCCCAAGAUGAAAAGGUGGCCGGGGCGGCUGAAGCCUCAUAUGGUGUUGACACGAACUGGUACGUCGACAGCGGAGCCACAAACCACAUCACCGGCAAGCUGGAAAAAGUGACCGUGCGCGAGAAGUACCGUGGCCAAGAUCACAUCCACACCGCUAGUGGAGAAGGCCACGAGGAAGGUGCUAUAUCGAGGUAGAUGUGUUCGCGGGCUUUACCCAUUGAUUCCGGAGAUUAGAAGACUCAAUAAACAAGUUUUUAGUGCCACCAAAGUCUCAUCAACACAGUGGCAUGAUCGAUUAGGACAUGCAUCUUUUUCUUUAGUUGAGCGUUUGCUUAGGAAAAAUAAGCUCCCAUAUGUUGGAGAGCGUGAUGUUGAAACAAUUUGUGAUUCCUGCCAAAGAGCUAAAAGUCAUCAGUUGUCUUAUCCUAUUUCUACAAGUAUUUCUACCAAGCCUUUGCAGCUUAUUUUUUUCUGAUGUGUGGGGACCCGCUCCCUCCCUCC